AUGGCGCCUCCCUCAUCGCAAUCCUCCGCACCAUCUCCAUCUUUGAAACGGAAGCAAGCUAGUAUCUCCAGCUUCUUCACACAGAAACCCGCAUCUUCGUCUGCGCCCAAAGACUCCGCACUGACACCGACCAACGAGCCCAGGAAGAGUCAAGCAUCGCCAGCCAAGCCAAAGCAAGAGGACACCACACCAGCAGAUUAUGAUGAUGAGGAGGAUGAGGAAAUAGUGGUGCCAGCACCAAAGAGAGCCAAAACUACCGGCACAAAGGCAGAGGAGCCGAUCCGAGUUGCGACAAGCGUGCACUUUGAGCCCACAUCUCAGCCAAGCAGCAGCCAACGCACCGAUAUAUUCAAGUUUCAGAGCUCUCCUGCUGUCGAUCCAGCAGCUACUCAGGAGGAAGAUCCCGAGCAGGCACAGCGGAAGAAAGAAAAGGAGAAACUGCACCAACAAUUUGUUCGGAAGCUCGGUGGGCCGGAUUGCCAGGUUGGGAUUGGAAGAAUCGCGGUGAAUGAUGCAGCUAGCGCGGAGGCCGAGGCUGCAGAAGCUGAGGAAGAUGAUGAGCCUCCUCCGCCGCCCCCGACUAAAGGCAAGGGUGCGAAGAAGGCUGCGAGCAAGCUCACACCCAUGGAGAAGCAGGUCAUUGAAAUCAAGCGUCAGCAUAUGGACACGGUGUUGGUGAUCGAAGUAGGAUACAAGUUCCGGUUCUUCGGAGAGGAUGCACGUAUUGCGGCUAAGGAGCUGGGCAUCGUUUGCAUUCCUGGGAAGUUCAGGUUCGAUGAACAUCCAUCCGAAGCGCAUAUUGGCCGAUUUGCUUCAGCCAGUAUUCCUGUCCACCGAUUACACGUACAUGUGAAGCGACUCGUCACGGCUGGUCACAAGGUUGGAGUGGUGCGACAGAUCGAGACCGCUGCGCUGAAGGCUGCAGGGGAUAAUCGCAAUGCACCGUUCGUGCGCAAAUUGACCAAUCUCUACACAAAAGGAACUUAUAUCGAUGAUGCUGAAGGUCUCCAGGGUCCGGCACCGGCAGCGGGAGGCGCAUCGCCGGCCACUGGGUACAUGCUCUGUAUGACAGAGACCAAUGCCAAGGGCCCCGGAAACGAUGAACGAGUGCAUGUCGGAAUCGUUGCUGUGCAGCCUGCUACAGGUGACGUUAUCUACGAUGACUUCGAAGAUGGCUUCAUGCGUAGCGAGAUCGAGACCCGGCUGUUGCACAUCGCUCCUUGCGAAAUCUUGAUUGUCGGAGACAUGUCUCGAGCUAGUGAAAAGCUUGUACAGCAUUUAUCCGGAAGCAAGAUGAACGUCUUUGGAGAUGCCGUGCGUCUCGAACGGGCCCAGAAAAAGAAAACUUCUGCUGCCGAGGCCCACAGCCAUGUAUCUGGCUUCUAUGCGGGCAAAAUGAAGGCCACUAGCACCGAGGAAGAUACCCAAGCUGCAACACUCCUUCAGAAAGUCCUUGGGCUCCCGGAGCAGGUGACUAUCUGUCUGUCUGCUAUGAUUGAACAUAUGUCCGAAUAUGGGCUGGAACAUGUGUUCGAUCUUACAAAAUACUUCCAGCCUUUCUCGGCUCGUUCGCACAUGCUCUUGAACGGAAACACGCUGGUCAGUCUAGAAAUUUACCAAAACCAGACUGAUCACUCGAGCAAGGGUAGUCUGUUUUGGACCUUGGAUCGGACGCAAACGCGAUUCGGACAACGCAUGCUACGGCAGUGGGUUGGGCGGCCUUUGCUGGACAAAGUGCGCCUUGAGGAGCGGACGAAUGCCGUGGAAGAACUUACAGAUCCUGCACGAGCGGUUCCCGUGGAGAGAGUGCGAGUGUUACUGAGCAAAGUGAAGAGUGAUCUCGAGAAGAGUUUGAUUCGCAUUUACUACGGGAAGUGCACGCGACCUGAACUUCUCAGUGUUCUGCAAGCAAUGCAGAUGAUUGCAAUGGAAUUUGCAGAUAUUAAAUCACCUGCCCAAACGGGGUUCCAAUCGUCAAUGGUGAGCGAGGCCAUUGCCUCUUUGCCCACGAUUCGAGCAGCCGUUGUCAAAUUCUUGGAUAAGAUUAACUUGCACGCUGCGCGCACAGAUGACAAAUACUCAUUCUUCCGCGAAGCGGAGGAGACAGAGGCGAUCGGCGAACAUAAGCUUCAAAUUGGAAGUAUUGAGCACGGGCUGUCUGAACAUCGCAAAGAGGCGGCGACGACAAUAGGGAGAGGCAAAGUUGAAUACUCGACAGUCUCUGGCAUUGAGUACUUGAUCGAGAUUGAGAACAAUUCCCCGGCGAUUAAACGUGUGCCAGCAUCGUGGGUCAAAGUCAGCGGUACGAAAAGAGUAUCACGCUUCCACACGCCAGAAGUCAUCCAACUCAUCCGAGAGCGUGAUCAACAUAAGGAAGCUCUGGCAGCAGCCUGUGAUCAAGCCUUCGCGGCUCUCCUAGCUGAUAUUGCAGCGCAGUAUCAGUCCUUCCGGGAUUGCGUGCAAUCCCUCGCAACCCUCGAUUGUCUGCUCUCCCUCGCCGACAUAGCCCAGCAACCUGGCUACGUAAAGCCUGAAUACACAGAGGAAGCAGGCCUCCACAUCGAACAGGGCCGACACCCAAUGGUCGAGCAACUCCUUACAGAUACAUACGUUCCCAACGACACAAACCUACAGCACGACGGCACGCGCGCUCUCCUCGUGACCGGCCCGAACAUGGGCGGUAAAUCCAGCUACGUGCGACAGGUCGCACUAAUCGCAAUCAUGGGCCAGAUCGGAUCAUAUGUUCCCGCAGCUUCCGCACGACUCGGUCUCCUAGACGCAGUGUUCACGCGCAUGGGCGCCUUCGACAACAUGCUCGCCGGCGAAUCAACAUUCAUGGUCGAGCUUUCCGAAACAGCAGAUAUCCUCAAGCAAGCCACGCCUCGGUCUCUGGUUAUUCUUGACGAAUUGGGUCGUGGUACAUCGACACAUGAUGGUGUUGCUAUUGCGCAGGCGGUACUGGAUCAUAUGGUUCGGUCGAUUCAAUCACUCACCCUUUUCAUCACGCACUACCAGCAUCUCUCGCGCAUGGUGCAAUCGUUCCCGGAUCAUGCUCUUCGCAAUGUUCAUAUGCGGUUCACAGAGACGGGGAACAAAGAGAAGGAAGGGGAGGAAAUCACCUUCCUCUAUGAGGUGACUGAGGGAGUCGCGCAUCGUAGCUACGGGUUGAAUGUUGCGCGACUGGCGAACUUGCCCGCUGCUGUUAUCGAUGUGGCACGCCAGAAGAGCGCUGAGUUGGAGGAGUCUAUUCGCCGGAAGCGGUUGGCUGGACUUGUGGGGGCGGUUGGUCGGGUCCUUGGAAAUAAGAGUGGUUCUGAUGGAGAGCCUGGUGGUAUCGAUGACAACCUUCUCAACAGGCUUGUUGCGAGCGCGGAGCAGUUGUAG